AUUACGAAAAAAUGGAAAAUUCAAACCAUGAAUAACGCAUUCUUUAAAUAGGUAGCGAUGCAAAGCCUAUAAGAAUAACUAUAGAUUAUUCUACGAUAGAUAACUUAAAUUUGGGAAUAACGCAAUAAUAAAAAGACUACUUAAUAAGUAUUAUGGAAACAUCAAAGCUUUUUUUCUAGAGACUUUUGAAAGUAUAUCCAUUUACAGGUAAUAACAUUUUUCCUAAACCUUAGCAAAAAUUAUGUUUUGAUGUAGAAAUUCCUUAAAAAGAUAAAACAGUAGGAGUAGCUAAUUCCGAUUUACACUUGUAUGUUAUAUAUUCUAAUGAAAAAAAUGGAUAGUAUGCAAGUGCCAUUUAUUGUGCAAUGGCUAACUAAGGAAUAUCUAGACCAAUUUUCGGAAGAGUGAAAUUCAACUUAUAUUAUAUGUAAAAAUUUUAAGAAGAUGCCUAAAAUUUUGAAAAUUAUUUAGAAAUAACAAUUCACGAAAUUUUACAUAUAAUUGGUUUUUCAGGAAAUGCAAUAUAAAGUUGGAUAGAUCCUAAAACUAAAAAACCUUAUGAAAAAAGUUAAUUAAAAAAUAUACAAAUAAAAAAAACAUACAGAUAAUAAGAAACAAUUCUUUUAGCAACAGAAAAUGUAGUUAAAGUAACAAGAAAAUAUUUUAAUUGUCCUACUGCUGAAGGAAUGUAAAUAGAAAAUUAAGGCAAUCCUGGUUCAAUCGGUGCUCAUUGGGAAAGAUCUAUUAUCUAUAAUGAAAUGAUGACUGGAGGUGUUGUAACUGUUGAUAGGGUUUUAUCAAUAUUUACUAUUGCUGUUUUGAAAGACACUGGUUUUUAUCCUGAAGUAAAUGAGAAUAUGUCUGAUGAUAUAUUUUGGGGAAAAGGUAAAGGUUGCGAUUUUUUAGAAUACGUUUGUUAAAGUCAAACUCAAUAUCCUGAAUUUGCUAAAAAAACUAAGGAUUUUUAAUGUUCAUUUGAAUUCGAAGGAUAUGGUCAUGCUAAAUCUGACUAAUACCUUGACGGAUGUACUAUUAUAUAUCCUUCUUUUGAUUAAUUAUGUUCAAAUCCUAAUAGUAUAAAUGAUAAAUUUAAAAAAAUUUAAGAAUCGGAAAAAUUAUCUAAUUAUUCAACUAAUAGUAAAUGCUUUUAGUCUACAGCUUCAAUAGCCUCAUCUGUAAUUAAUAAUGAAACUAACUUAAGAUGCCACUAAUUUAAAUGCUCCUCUGAUGCAUCCUAAAUAACUAUUAUUUUUCCCGAUAUUUAACAUGAAGUUUUAUGUGAAAUAGAAGAAUAAGGGCAAAAAAAGGAUAUUGAUGAAAGUGGCAUAAAAGCUAAAGGAUAAAUCACAUGUCCUUAAGAUUAUAUUAGAUUCUGCAAUUAUACCCCUAUAUGUGCGAAUUUCUGUUCAGAAAAAGGAUUCUGUGUAAGAGGUUAAUGUUUCUGUCAAUCUGGAUAUGGAGGAGUAGAUUGUUCUAUAUAAUGCUCUGGUGCAGUCCAUAAUCAAACUUGUUUAGGAAAUUUAUCAUGUCCUUCAGAUUUAUUCUUGAACCCAGAUAAUACUUGCAAAUCAGAUUGUCCUUAAGGUUUUUUCGGAAUGGCAGGAUAAUGUGAACCAUGUAAUAGUAAUUGCUCUAGAUGUACAGGACCAUCAGCUAAUGAGUGUACUAAGUGUUUCUUUUUGACAUUAUUGUAAGAAAAUUAGUGUGUUGAAAAAUGUAAUGAGAAAUUCGGAUAUUAACCUAAUUUUGAUUUAGGUAAAUGUGAAUCUGAGAUGUCCAGAACAUGUAAAGGAAAUUGUGAAACUUGUGAAAAAUAAAAUUCUCCUUUGUGCUAUACUUGCAAAACAGGUUUUUUCUUUUAUUAAGGUGAUAAGUCGUGUUUAAGUAAAUGUCCAUUAGGAUUUAUCGAGUAAUAAAAGGCUUAAGAAUGCUAAGAACUCUCUGUUGGUUGUCUUUAAUAAAUUGAUUUUAAUACAUGUAUUUUAUGUGAUUCUGCUAAAGGAUAUAUAUUAGAUACAGAAAAGAAAUGUACUUUGUGUAAAUAAAAUUGCAUAUCAUGUAAUCCUAAUGAUGCAACAGAGUGUUUAGUUUGCGAGGGAAUUAAAUUAAAGAAUUAUGAUGGUAGUUGUGUAGAUGCUUGUUUUAAUAAUACUUUUUAUUCUGAUAAUAGUGAAAAAUGCGAAAAAUGUUAUUAUGUUGAUUUUCAAACUAAAGCUUGUACUUAAUGUUCUUCUAAAUAUACUAAUUGUCAAUCUUGUGAUGAUUUCUCAUGUAAAAGAUGUAAUCAUGGAUACUAAUUGGAUAUAACUUAAACAUAUUGUGAAUAAACCACUUUAGGCAAAUGCUCUUAUGGAUGUGAAUCAUGUUCUUAAUAAGGAGAAUGCAUUUAUUGUUAUGAAGGAUAUUAUAUAAGAUUAAUCGCUUUUAUUUUUGGAAACGUGAUAUUAGAAUUGUUAUUGUGA